GGCGGCGGGCGGCGGGCGGGGGAAGAUGGCGGAGCUCGGUAAGAAGUACUGCGUGUACUGCCUGGCCGAGGUGAGCCCGCUGCGCUUCCGCUGCACCGAGUGCCAGGACAUCGAGCUGUGCCCCGAGUGCUUCUCGGCCGGCGCCGAGAUCGGCCACCACCGCCGCUACCACGGCUACCAGCUGGUGGACGGCGGGCGCUUCACGCUGUGGGGGCCCGAGGCCGAGGGCGGCUGGACCAGCCGCGAGGAGCAGCUGCUGCUGGAUGCCAUCGAGCAGUUCGGCUUCGGAAACUGGGAAGACAUGGCUGCUCACGUAGGAGCUUCCCGGACUCCCCAGGAAGUGAUGGAGCAUUACGUAAGCAUGUACAUCCACGGCAACCUGGGGAAGGCCUGCAUCCCUGACACCAUCCCCAACCGGGUGACAGACCACACCUGCCCCAGUGGAGGCCCCCUCUCUCCCAGCCUCACCACCCCCUUGCCUCCCCUAGACAUCUCGGUGGCCGAGCAGCAGCAGCUGGGCUACAUGCCGCUGCGCGACGACUACGAGAUCGAGUACGACCAGGACGCCGAGACGCUCAUCAGCGGGCUCUCGGUCAACUACGACGACGACGACGUGGAGAUCGAGCUCAAGCGCGCGCACGUGGACAUGUACGUGCGGAAGCUCAGGGAGAGGCAGCGGCGCAAGAACAUCGCCCGCGACUACAACCUGGUGCCGGCCUUCCUGGGCAAGGACAAGAAGGAGCGGGAGAAGGCGGCCAAGCGCAAGAUCACCAAGGAGGAGCGGGAGCUGCGGCUGAAGCUGCGGCCGCUCUACCAGUUCAUGUCCUGCAAGGAGUUCGACGACCUGUUCGAGAACAUGCACAAGGAGAAGAUGCUGCGCGCCAAGAUCCGGGAGCUGCAGCGGUACCGGCGCAACGGCAUCACCAAGAUGGAGGAGUCGGCCGAGUACGAGGCGGCGCGGCACAAGCGGGAGAAGCGGAAGGAGAACCGGAACUCGGCGGGCGCCAAGCGCGGGCGGGAGGACGCCAAGGACGGCGAGUUCGCCGCCAUCGAGAACCUGCCGGGCUUCGAGCUCCUGUCGGACCGCGAGAAGGCGCUCUGCAGCUCCCUGAACCUGAGCCCCGCGCGCUACGUGACGGCCAAGACCAUCAUCAUCAAGGACCACCUGCAGAAGCGCCAGGGCAUCCCCUCCAAAAGCCGCCUGCCCAGCUACUUGGACAAAGUCCUCAAGAAACGGAUUUUAAACUUCCUCACGGAGAGCGGGUGGAUAGCCAGGGAUGCCUCCUGAAGCGGGUCCGCCGAGGCUGGAUGAGCUGAAGGCGCUUGGUGAAGUUUCCCAGCAUUAACUGGAACAUCUGUGUGUUGUGUAUGGCUGUAGGAAAGCCAAGGCCUGUGGCCAAGGCGCUCCUUGCCGACUAAGCCAGGACUUCUCGCUGACAAGUGUGAGCGGGGUGUUACGGGUGAGGGCCACCUCCACUGCCCUGCUGGUAACUGCCCUCCAUGGAGCUGGUGUUGCCACCACUGGCAGCGAGGGAGGCAGUGCUGCCUUAUAGCUUCUUAGCCAGGGGCCCUUGCCCAGGGUUCCUGGACCCAGCAGCCUCAGCCCCCAGUCCUGGGGCCCCUGGAGGCCUUCGUACCAGCCUCCAGGCGGCCUGGGUGCAAGCGAACCUCUGAGAACCGCUGGCGUUAGCUGACCUGGUGUCAUCAUGCCUGGGUUUCCUGUCAGAUGCCUCGCCUGGUGAGGGUUCACAUGUAGUCACAUUCUUCCAUACAGGGCUGCCAGGCUUCAUUAAGCUGGAGAAGCAGGCGCCCCAGUAGCUGUGGCCAGUCGAGAGCUGCCAGGUGAACACAUGGUGCUGGAGGUUUGAGGGCGUCUCUCUCGAUGGCGUGAAGAACUUAUUUAGGCGAGGCUGUUUUAAAACACGAUGAAUGUAUAAUUUAUGUUAAAGUGUUACCUUAGUUACAAGGGGAAAGUGAUUUCGGAUUGGUUGCCAGUCUUUACCCUGCUGUGAGCGCAGAGCCUUUACACGUCUGUAUUUAAUUUCAUAAGUUAGUUACCACAGUCCCAAGAAUUAGGUCUUCAAAAUUUAAACUCCAACCUUUGAGUCCAGUUCUGUAACUCAGCUAUUCGGAAUCCUCUCUGGAUGCAGCGUUCCAGGAAUGUGUUCAAGCCGACCUGACCGUUCUUACUGCCCUUUCCUUUCAUUAAACAAGUUGAGAACAA